GGUUGCCAUGGUGCCGUGAGGGGCCGCCAUAGCCACAGUCAUGGCGCCGCCCGCGCCGCCGCCCUCACGCGUCUUCGCCGAGCUCGACCUGGCCCCGGCCCCGGCCCCAGAGGGACGCGCCGGGCUCGCGGCGCUGCCCGGGCGGGAGGUGCAUGUGAGCGGCAGCGCGGAGCUGAGCGCCCGCCCGGACCGGGCGCGGGUGUCUCUGCGGCUCGGCAGCCGCAAGGAGGCGGCCGUGGCGGCGCGGAGCAGCGUGUCCCGCCGGCUGCAGUACAUCGCCCACAGUGCCCGCCUGCGCGGAGUCCCGGAAGAAAAUAUGACUGUAACAGAAGAUUUUAGUAGAGUAGAAAAUACUUACCAAAUGGAAGCAGAGGCCUUCCUGCCCUCUGCUUCUUGCAAGGAGUUGGUCUGUAUCAUAUUCAGUGAUUUUGGAAAAAUGCAGAGUGUUUGCAAUCUACUCAUUGAAAAAUUAGGAACCUCUGUUACCAUCAAUCCACCUCAUUUCUACCAUACACCAGAAGCCAUAGAUACCCUUCGGUUUUGCUGGGAGCAAAACUAAGUUGGAAUCCUCUACAGUUCAGAGGACUUGAUUGCACAUGGAUCAAGAAUAAAGGAUCUUUGAAGGUCCAGACAAGGUAAAACCUUUGGAGUAUUUCUACUGUACAAGAAUUAAGUCUCUCAAAUGAGCCCUUCAACGAACCCAAAGAAGUCCAUGAACAAUCUUCUUAAAUUAAAAUGGUGUGUGUAUAUAUAAAUGGAUAUAAUUUUACUUUUUCUAGACCUAUCACUGUCACAUGGCAAAUAAUCAAAGUUCCACUUCUUAUCCCACAGAUUUUCUGUCUGAUUCCUAAUUCAGAUUUUCUUGAACUACCAUAUAGAGCAUAAGAUACCCAUCCAAUGCUUUAGCAUCUGAUCCUACAAACAUAGUUGCUUACAGUCAUUAAUUUGGUUAAUUGUCCUGACUUCAGAGUCAGAUAAACUUCACUAAUAACAUGUACAGGAGUACUGCUAUGAGAUAGAUUUAGUUUCGCAUGGAGUUCAGUUUUGAUAUUUGGGUAGAAUAUAAGAAUUAAGAAAAUACAAGGUUUUCUUAAAACUGGUAGAAUGUUCCAGAUCAGUCUCAAGAAGCAAAUGAGAGAUACUUCCUCUUUGUCACUUAUUUCCCCCACAACACACCUUCCUGCUGCGAACAGACCAUGUCUGAAAUCUGUUAAGUGCAGACGGUAACACCCUACCUUGUCUUUGAGAGCCACAGCUUUAAACGAUCUGACCACGCAUCCCAACUCAAGUAGGAUCUUGUUGAGAUGCUCCAAGAGGCAAUUAUCCUUUAGGAGUAAAAAUAAUCAUAUUGUUUUUAAAACCUUCUCUACUAUUCUUAUACAGAUUUCUAAUAUUUAAACUUUAAAGUUUCACUUCUGUAGCAAAGAGGAAGAAAGGGUCAGUGACCACGAGCAAGUUCUCCUCAAGAUUAAUAUCAAGACUGCAAAUGAAUAUUCUUUCAAUCAUCACUUGUACCAGUAAACCACAUGAAAAUUUUGGAAAAUACAUUUUUCAUUACAAGAUUGCUUUCUUCCUAUACUCAGACCAUAGGAAUUGUUAUAUUACAUUCAGACUGCAGCUUCAACUGUUACUUGAGAAUAGCAAGCAUGAGAUAUUUUAAAAAUGGUGUACAUAAUCAAAAGACUUUUUAAAAAAGCCUCCAGGUUUUUGCAUAAAUCUAAAUACUAAGUAGCUGACUCAUGCCAUGAGGCCUGAAAAUUAUUUCACUCUUGGUCUUUAUGCAUAAGCCAAGCUUAGUUCUCUUUUCAUCAGGCCAAUCUUUUGCUCUUACUGCAUUGUGUAUUGGAGUUCCACAGAUGAGCUACAUAGCCAGCGCACUGCACAGGCCACAUUUACAACUGAGUCUCUCUUUUGUGGUUCAUUUUCAAGAUACCAAUGUUUGCCAAUGGAUACCACUAUCAAAAAUUUGGAUCUCAUAUAAUAUUCUCCACUUUUUAUUUGGAGAUAGAUGUGUGGGAUUCUGUCAAUACACAGCUUCUUAGUUCAUACACAAAAUGGCACUCCUUACUUAACUCCAUCAUUGUCACUGCCUUAAGUAAUUUACUGCGAAUGAAUUUUGUUGGUUAAGAGUCUGUACUGACACAUACUAUGCAAGAAAAUAUUUUAUAACAAUAAGUGACAAAAGGUGAUGGAAAAUUAUAACUAAUGUUACUUAAUCAAAUGGUUAAUUUUCACCUUUUGAAAGGGACGUAACCCUUAGCAACACAUACUGGAAUGUCCCAGAAAAGAAUGAGCAGUCAUGCAGAUUAUAAAGAUUUUUAUGUGAAGAAAACAACAAAUUGUUAUUUAAAUUUUGAAAGACAUCCUUAAGCAACUAAAUACAGUCAUAUUAAGCCACAAUGGAAAAAUGCCUGAGGUAUGAUUUAAAUGUUGGUUUUGUAUAGUAAUAGUCAAUACACCCACACUCCAGCUUUCCAUGACAAAAUUGGGGAUGAGAAAGAGAACUCUCUUACAAAUAAAUGCAGUAGAGAAAGUGAGUCUUACAACCUUUCUGUUAUUUGGAUGCGCUCGGCAGAGUCCGUUCCAUACCACUGAGAUAUGAAAUACUGUGCAGGAAGAGCAAAGAGCAGCAUGGAAAUCUGCAGAGCUGCAGCUGCAUUGAUGUGAGGCAUUCCAACAGGAAGUUUCAUCAAAGACACUUCACUGCUCCCUACUCCAAAAAGAGGAAGAGAAAAUUUUUAAAAAGAGACAAAAUACAUAGGGGUGAGCUUUGCUGGAUGUGUAGGACUUAAAAGUUUCCUUCAGGUUCCUUUGCUGGCUCACAACAUAAUGUACAAUCUAUACUCAGGCAUUUCAGUUACAGCCAGAGCAUACUUAAUUUAGGCCAAUUUAACUGCAUUAAAUUUGAUGGUACUUAUAAAAGCUAAUAGAAUAAUAAAGUGGACAGCUUCACAAGACAAAGCAAAAACCUGCUUUUAAUUUUUAUGCAGGCAUCUUUUUUUGCCUGUAAACAGAGAGAGAAAAAAAAGAAGAACUGGGAAUUUGUAUGGUUGUCCAAUUUGCAGUAAAAAGCUGCUGUCCAUGAACAAAAUUCUAUGUGCUGCUUUGUUGUCUAAUUCAGUGUAUUAAACAUGUCUGACAUACCAGA